AUGCAAGUGCCGCUCCUCCCCGGCCUCCCCGACGACCUUGGUGUUGCCUGCUUGAUCCGGGUGCCCCGUGCCGACCACCAGAAUCUCCGCCUGGUCUGCCGCCGUUGGUACCGCCUCCUCGCCGGGAACUUCUUCUACUCUCUCCGCAAGAGAGUUGGGCUGGCAGAGGAAUGGGUCUACGUGAUCAAGCGAGACCGCGAUGGGAAGAUCUCAUGGAAUGCCUUCGACCCAACUUACCAGAUGUGGCAGCCGUUGCCGCCGCUCCCGAGGGAGUACUCGGAGGCUCUCGGCUUCGGCUGCGCUGUCCUCAAUGGCUGCCAUCUCUACUUGUUCGGCGGCAAGGACCCGCUCAGGGGAUCCAUGCGGCGGGUCAUCUUCUUCAACGCGCGCACCAAUCGGUGGCACCGGGCGCCGGACAUGCUGCGGCGGCGGCACUGCUUCGGCGCCUGCGUCAUCAACAACCGCCUCUACAUUGCCGGCGGGCACUGCGAGGGGUUCCAGCGGAGCCUGCGAUCUGUGGAGGUGUAUGAUCCGGGCAAGAACCGGUGGAGCUUCGCCACUGACAUGAGCACGGCGAUGGUGCCACUGAUCGGCGUCGCGCACGAUGGGAAGUGGUUCCUCAAAGGGCUCAGCUCCCACCGGCAGGUGAUCAGCGAAGUCUACGUGCCAGCGGCGAACCGCUGGUCCCUGGUCAGCGAGGGGAUGGUCUCCGGCUGGCGCAACCCGAGCAUCUCCAUGAACGGGCAGCUCUAUGCUCUGGAUUGCAAGGACGGCUGCAAGCUCAGGGUCUACGAUGGCGCCAACGACUCGUGGCGGAAGUCUUUUGACAGCAAGCUCCACUUGGGUAGCUCCCGGGCCAUGGAAGCAGCUGCCCUUGUGCCACUGAAUGGGAAGCUCUGCAUCAUCCGCAACAAUAUGAGCAUCACCACUGUGGACGUGUUCAAGGUGGGGAGCAGCAAUUCGGCGGGGGAGAACGAUGGAGUGUGGGAGACAGUCGCUGGGAAGGGCCAGUUGAGGACCUUCGUCACCAAUUUGUGGUCGACCAUCGCUGGGAGGGGUGCCAUGAGGAGCCACAUCGUCCACUGCCAGGUCCUUCAGGCAUGA